UAUUCAAUGUUUUAAAACUAAGCGAUUGCCUACUUGAAUUCAGUUUGCGUUUGAUACGAGAAUACGUCAAACAAAAAAAUGUCUGAGAAGUCGAGUGAUUACUGUAAAGUUCCAACAAACGAAAUAUUAAACAGUUUGGAACGUACAGUCCCAUCGCACUACGGAUGUGGAGUCCGACACAUACAGUUCGUUAUAUUUUUACUGUGCAUGACCGUUGCGUUCAUAGCGCGCAGCCAUCUUGGAGUCACGAUAGUAGCCAUGACGAAUAUAUCUCAGAAGAAUGUAACAAACGAAACUUUGAUAAAUGUAACAGAGCAGAUUGAUACAAAUAGUAUUUUUAGUGAAGCUGAAUUCAUUGGCAUCAGCGAAACAGAUGAAUUAAAUAAUAAUACCGAAGCUGAAAACAGUACUUCGAAACAUGAAUUUCAGGUUUAUGAUUGGGAUAUGAGUAUACAAGAAAUGGUGCUGGGAGCGUUCUUCACUGGCUAUUGCAUAGGUAUGGUACCGAGUGGAAUUCUGAGCCAACGAUGCGGUGGUAAAAUUUCAUUCCAAUUUUCACUACUGAUUAACGGCAUUACGAGUAUUGUCACACCAUGGUUAGUGGAAUGGGGAGGUUGGAAAGCAGUAUGUGGCUGCCGCUUCCUCCAAGGAAUUUCUCAAUCUGGAACUUACCCUAGCAUCCAGUCUUUAUUAUCUAAAUGGGUUCCAGCAAAUGAAUUAGGAGCUUUCACCAGUUAUAUCUAUACAGGAACAACACUGGGUACAGUAAUUGGAUUUCAACUGGGUGGAUUCUUAGCAGAGAGUCGGUGGGGCUGGCCUACUACGUUCUGGGUAGUUGGAAUACUUUGUAUACUGUGCUCAAUCAUUAUGACCAUCUUCGGGGCAGCGUCUCCAAAUGACCACAAGAGCAUUAGUGAGGAGGAGAAAAUGUUUAUCUUUGGAGAUCGUAGUGAUAAACUUAUAAAACGUAAUAAAAAAGUUCCCUGGAAAUCUAUAAUUACAUCGAAGCCGAUUUGGGCGACCUACGUCUCUAACAUUAGCAGCGGCUGUACGUUUAUAUUCUUCUUGACGCAAGUUCCUUCGUACAUCCAUUAUAUACUUGGAAAUGAUGUUAUGAAAAGUGGUCUUUUAUCUUCUCUUCCAUAUAUAGCGAGUUUAUUCACAAGCGUGGGUUUUGGUAUUUUAUCGGAUUAUUUAACGAACAAUAAUAUUCUCAGCACCAAAACUGCAAGACGUAUAAGCAACAGUUUUUCACAAGUUGGCAUAUCGUUGUCCUUGUUCAUGUCCACCGUUGUGACUAGCACGGAGUUAGUAGUAACAUGCCUCGUGAUUGCCAUGGGAUGUCAAAUGGGAGUACACACUGGAUGGAUGGUGAAUCAAAUAGACCUGGCACCGAAUUACACCGGAGCUGUGAUGACUAUUGGAAACUCAAUGGCGACUUUUUUCAUUCAGCUGAUGCCGUUCAUGAUCUCCAACAUUGUGAUUGACGUGCGGAAUUUAAUUCAAUGGCGCAUUUGUUUUGGCAUAGUAGCAGCUUGGACAUUAGUAGGAAAUGCCGUUUUCGUCAUUAUGAUGUCAGCUGAGAAACAGCCUUGGAAUGAUUAUGCCGAUAUCAGUACAGAUGAGGAAAAGAACGAACAUGAAAAUAAUGUCAUUGUAAAGAAAUAAAAAAUAAACGAACUUGCAAAUAAACUAUAAAAUUGAAUGUUUAUGAUUAUUAAAAUCUGCAUAAUAAUAUGGAUUAAUAUAAGGUGUAGGUUGAACAAGCACCAUAAGCUUGAAAAUACAAAUUAAUUAUUAACAUAAAACGUUUUUGUGAUACUUUUGCGGGUAUAUAAUAGUUUAUAAUAUUUUAAGCAUAUAUAGGUUUCUGUAAUAUUUAUAUAAUUUAAGCUAAGCAAAAUACAAUCCAGCCAGCACAAGUUUAAACAGAAACAUAAAUAUAUCUAAAUUUUCUGCUAUUGAGACGGCACAAAGUAAUUUGGACGAGUGUUAUACGAAAAUAAUGGCUGACCUUGAGGUAGAACUUCAUACUGGAGGGCUUACGAGGGAUACAAUUUACAAGGUAGCAGAGAAACUCCGAACAUUCUGGGAGAUUUUAUUCUCCAUGUCGAAACUUCUUCGACAGAUUGUUGAGUGCACUCGGUUGGUUGAUGCGAUUGAAACUAGACAUUUCCGAAAAGACUUUGUGGAAGUUCUUGAAAUUGAAAAGAAGGUUCCACAGCUGCCAUUUUGGCACUUUGGUAUCUGGCAGAAUCUGGGCCUAAACAUAGAUUCUACACUUGACAGGAAAGCUCAAGCAUCUAACGUAAAGAAUACCUCUGGUAUUCUUCAUGUUUAGUAUCGCCUCAAGAAUUUCUUACGAUCACAGACUAAGACUAUUCUGAUACAAUUAUUCUUUCAUAAUUGAUUACGGUGAUACGUAUUAUUUUUCACUGAAUGAAGACUUUCUUACUAAGUUUGAUCGUCUUCUUAAUAACUGCAUUCGAUUUAUAUUCAAUCUUCAUAAAUAUGAUCGUAUAUCUUCCUAUCGUGCUCAAUUCAAACUGCUAAUUAUUCUUAUUAGGUAUUAAGUAUCAAAUCCGUCAAUCUAGAUAAAUACAUGAGCUGUAAUAAAUAAAGAAAUAAAUAAAAUAUGACAAAAAGGAAA